AUGGAGCUCCUGCACAUCGGCUUCAACCAGGACUACGGAUGCUUCGCCUGCGGCACCAGCACAGGCUUCAGGGUGUUCAACUGCGACCCGUUCAGGGAGCAGUUCCGGCGCGAGUUCAACAACGGCGGCAUAGCCAUCGUGGAGAUGCUCUUCCGGUGCAACAUCCUGGCCAUCGUGGGCGGCGGGACGACGCCCAAGUUCCCUCCGACCAAGGUGAUGAUUUGGGACGACGACCAGGCGCGCAUCAUCGCCGAGCUCAGCUUCAGGAGUCAGGUUCGGGCAGUACGACUGCGGAAGGACAGGAUAGUCGUUGUGCAGGAGCACAAGGUGUCCGUGUACAACUUUGCCGACCUCAAGCUGCUGCACUCCAUCGAGACUGUGGCCAACCUGAAGGGGCUUGUGGCACUGUCAUCCCAGGCAGACGUGACGGUGCUGGCAUGUCCUGGCCUCCACCCAGGAAAGGUUCGUGUUGAGUUGUUCGACCGCCGACAGACAAAGUUCAUCUCAGCACACACUUCGCACCUUGCAUGCCUCGCCCUUGCUCUGGACGGGCGGUUCCUGUGUACAGCCUCUGAAAAAGGAACCUUGGUGCGUGUGUGGAGCACAGCAGAUGGAACCCUACUGCAGGAGCUGCGACGAGGGUCAGAUGCUGCCGCAAUCUACAGCCUGUCCCUGUCAAAGAACUGUGAAUGGCUGGCUGUGUCCAGUGACAAGGGCACUGUCCAUGUUUUUGCACUGAAUGAUGCCCUGAGGAAGGGAAUCGAAGAGCCGACACGACAGCGUGUCAACGGAACAAAUGGGGAUGCAAACACCUCUCAAGCAAACCCCACAUCAAUGCUCUCAGUCGUUAAGGGACUGGUGCCAUUGCCAAGCUACUUCUCCUCGGAGUGGUCCUUUGCACAGUUCCGGCUGCAGGAGGAGAGCUACGCCAUUGUGGGCUUCGGCCCCCAGGCCAACACUAUCCUGGUGGUGAGCUCACGGGGGUCGUUCUUCAAGCUGUCGUUUGAUCCCGUCAAAGGUGGGCCAUGUACCCAGCUGUCGUACUGCAGCUUCAUAGACCUGGAGGCCGCCCAAUGA